AUGGAAAACAUGUACCGCAUGGAUGCGGCGACGCGCCGUGCGCUUUUGUUCAUGCUACUAGGUAGUGACAGCUCCGACUCGGACACAAGUUCCAAGUCCAGUGAUGAUUCUACCGACACCGACAGUGAAUGUGACGCUGCUGUGUGUCAACGGGCGUUUGAUGUGAUGUUUCGCCUGCCUGCAAAUAGGCCUAAAGUGAUUGGGUUCGUCGAGGAUGUCGUUCGGCGAUACUCGGACGACGAGUUCCGCAGGCACUUCCGUCUGUCGCGAGCUGUGGCGGAGCAGCUGAUUGCAAGAUUUGCUGCGUCGCCUGCGUGCCCGUCAAGUAACCACGGUGGAGUGCCCGCAAAAUCUGCAGAAACUCACGUGCUGACUUUCAUAUGGUAUGCAGCCAAUAAAACAAGCAUGAGGGAGGUGGCAAGCCGCUUUGAUCUGUCGGAGACCUCUGUGCACAGAAUCCUUCUAAGGGUGGCUGAUUUUCUCCUCACCAUGGGUCCAUCUGUUGUGACAUUUCCUUCAAAUAUGGAAAAACUGUCCAGUGAAUUUCAGAAGGUGUCUGGAAUCCCUGGGGUUGUUGGCUGUCUAGAUGGCUCCUAUAUCAAAAUACAAUGCCCAGACAACAAGGUCUCUUCCACCUACUGCAACCGGCACCAUUACCUUUCAUUAACCCUUCAAGCAGUCUGUGACUACAAAAGAAGAUUCCUUGACACCUGCCAAGGAAGCUCGAGCAAAAUUCAUGAUUCUCGAAUCUUCAAGCUAUCAUCACUUUCCAAGAAACUGCCAAAACUAUGCGACAACAAUGCAUAUCACCUGCUUGGAGAUGCGGCCUAUCCCCUAAGGCCAUACCUUUUGACGCCUUUCCGAGACUAUGAGGCGUUGUCAAAGGCACACAUAGAUUUUAACAAGUUUUCAGCAACGAGGGUGCUGAUAGAAAAUAGUUUCAGCAACCUAAAGAAAAGGUUCCGGCAACUAAUUUACCUUGAGCUCCGCACUGUGGAGUGGCUGAACAAGUUUAUUAUUGCCUCUUGUAUACUGCAUAGCUUAUGCAUUGAGUGUGGUGACUUGGAGCCAGAUGAACCCGAUGAUGAUGCAACACCUCAAGAUGUCCUGUGGCACCCACAAUCAUGCACCGAUGACCUGGACGAGACAACCGAAGAAACUUUGCUGCGCAGACUGGGAGAACUAAAGAGGAGCAAGGUGCUGGAAGCAGUGCUGCGAAAGCAGUAAUGGUGUGCUAUAAAUAAAGAACUCAUGAAAACGGAAG